AUGGUAGGGGAAUCCAUUGCUACACGAGGCGCGGAGAGCGCAACACGGGGCAGCUGCACCUGCGAAAGGCCCAACCCUACGUCUCAGGAGCAGCAAAAAUUCCAGCAGCAGCAGCAGCACAAACACAAACAUCAACACAGACGUCAGCAAUCACACAAAGUUGGGCGUCAUUCACAGGCAGAUGGCAUCCCUUCUCAGCUCGUGGGGAAGGCUGGAGAUGGGGGCGUGGCAGCCAGGCUGCAGCGGCAGCAUGAGCAGCAGACGAAGCAGCAGCAGAAGCAGCAGCUGUUGGCUGCGUUUGCACAUAGAAGUGCCCCGUUGGCGGAUUCUGCGACGACUCGAGAGGCCAGUACAGCGUCCCCAUCGUCACGCUCAGCAGCAGCAGCAGCAAUAACAACAGCAAUAGCAACAGCAACCGCAGCGUCGGAGGAAGCAGGUUAUGCGGGACCGGAGAGGAGUCUUCAGCUGGCACCAUCUUUUGAAUUUUCUUGUCGCGAUUUCGACGCCUCUUCUCCUUAUGUGCCAGUUGCGCUAUUAGGCAGAGGCGCCGUAGGCCGCGUGUUUCGCUGCACCGAACGGUCAUCGGGUGAUAGCGUUGCUGUUAAGGUGGUGUACAAGCGCCCAUUGCGUUCUCGCAGUCGGCUGCGUCGUCAGGUGUUGAUAGAGAAGGAGGCCCUGGUGGCUUUGAGUGCAGGGGGUCGCUCGGUGCAUCCGAGUGUUGUUCACUUAAGGCGCACGUAUCAGACAGCAGAGAGCCUUUAUUUCGUGUUACAUUAUGCAGGAGCAGCAUCGCUGCGGGACGUGCUGCGGCGACUCAGCUGCGCGGGCCUCAGCUUGUCUGUCGGGGCAGCAAGGCUGUGGGCUGCUGAAAUUGCUGCUGCGCUCGCAGCCAUGAGAGGAAGAGGAGUGCUGCACAGAGACAUCCGACCCGAAAAUAUUGUUGUCAGUCACGAAGGCCAUCUUACACUUGUCGACUUCGACUCUGCUCUCUGUCUAGCCAACCCGCAGCAGCAGCGCUGGCAGCAGCAAAAACAGCAGCAGCAGCAGCAGCAAAAACAGCAACAGCAUGGGGAGGGAGCGAACUGCCAUCAUGGGCAGAAACAGCACCUCCAAAGAGAGCAGCACUCGCAACAGAAAGAGGGGGCUGAGAGGUUGAUGUUUGCUCCUCCGGAAUUUUUGUACCCAAACACUAGCAGCAGUAGCAGUAGUAGCAGCAGCAGCAGUAACCUGAGCCGAACCAGCAGAAACAGGUGUGAAAGCGAGCCAGGUCGCCUGCGGGAUGACUUGGAGUCUCGUAGUUCGGGGGAUAAUGCUGUGAUGUAUCCGUAUGCGGGGACAGCCGCCUAUGCACCUCCAGAGCUUUUUGUUCCUCUAGACGUAGAAGGGGAGGCAGCAGCGCAGCAGCAGUUCGGUUGCGGCUUCGGAACAGACUGUUGGUCCCUGGGUUGUGUGGUGCACGAGUUGCUGCUAGGCGAGCCACCAUUCAAAGGCCAUUCGGCGCCCGCUCUUGCCAGGGCAGUUUGUGGAGAGCAGGAACUGUCGCUGCCGCCACAGCUGCCUGCUGCUGCAGCAGACCUUAUACGAGGACUGCUGCGCCCGAAGGAGGAGGAACGACUGGGAUCGAAGAACUUGAGGGAGCUGCUUGAACAUCCCUUUUUCAACGGGAUCGAUUGUAUGGCUCUGCACUAUCAUCCGCUGCCCAUAGACGUAAUGCAGUACGCCUUUGCAUUCCAGGAAUCAGGACAGGGCGGCCGAGCAGCAGCAGCAGCUGCUGCAGCGGCAGGCGUUGGCUCAGCCACGUUUGGUGGAGAUGAAGCAGAUGCAGUGGCAGCAGUGUCUGCUGCUGUGCUUGAUGCCGAGCUCACGCCUUCGAUAGGUUGCCCCUUCUCUCCUUUGAAGUCUGCAGCAGCGGACAGUGCACACGUCUGUGUCUGUUGCGACAGCAGCAAGACCUGCGUGUGCUGCGGAGGGGAUCCUGACGCUGUCCCGAUAUCUCCAGGGCCGAGCCUCAGCAGCAGCACCACCCAAGCGGUAUCAGGGGAAGCUGCUUUUCACGGUGCACCCGCUGCGUGCCAGUGGAAGAGGAUGAGCAUUGGGGGUUGCAGGGAUGGUACAGCCGUGCAAGAGCAACAGGAGCAUGGUUUGCAAGAGGAGUCUGAUGCGUUGUCUGUGUCGCGGUCGGAGUCCACAGAAGAGCCGCGGGCCGCCUGCCGGCGCGCUGUGACUGAUGCAGUUCUUGGCUGGGGCCCUCCGUUGCGCCUGCGUCCCGUCUCGAGUGCAGACUAUACGGAGGCAGAUGGUGACGGCCCUUUCCGAGCAGCAGAGGGAGCUUCAGGUGGGCACGGGAGCGGUGCAGGAAUCGAAGGCUCCUUGCGGGUAGGUUCUGUGGCAUGCAGCAGCAUGCCCUCCUCCGAGGGCUUACAGCUAUCCGGACUGCCCAGCACAAGUUUCCGAGAUGCUCAGGGGAUUCCAAGAGGCAAUAGCACACUAUCCCAGGACACCCCACCGCACGUGGCAAAGUGCUUGCUGAAGGGGGAGAGGAUGCAGUAUCACGGGGUCCUCCUGCGUAUGAGAGAACACAGAAGCUUUUGUGAGCGGCUGUUCAUUCGCUUGUUUGGGAAGGGCCACAAGAGAAAUUGCCAGUUGCAGCCGCAGCGCUGCCUCGCCGUACUGACAGACACAGGGAGAUUGCUGCUGAUGGACCCAAACGGCAGGACACUCCGAAAAACAGUCGUCCUGGCAACCGACGGCGAAAUAUACACCGAAGGAAAGGACAUGUUAAUAUACUCUAGUGUAAAAGACAACUGUUACUUACUGUUCGCGUCAGAGGAAAACACUGUAUCCGUGUGGGCGCGUUUCCUGGCGGUAUCUGUAGAUGUAAGCCUUUUUCUCUGCAGCUAUAUGACGGACUUCGUGAUGCGUAGUCUUAGAUUCACGAUUGCUGCGUGGACAGCAGCUGCUGCGCUGUUGUGGCCUAACGUCUUUGCGCUGCGUUCCGUCAUUGUUGCGCGCAGAGCCUACGAUGUAGAGGGACGUCCGGUAGGCCUCUGUGUGCGGCAUGUGGGCAGCGAACGAACACGGAUAUACAUGGGACCCCACCAUUGCAGGCUUUGUCUCGUGGCAAGUUCGCUUCGCCCCCAGCGCCAAGGACUCAGGACAGAGGACCGGUUGCGUCUCCAUCGUGGGAUGCACUCGUUGGGUCACGAGGGAGGCCGUCGUGCAGGGCAUCCUCUAUCGAAGGCGCGUCUGUCCCAACUGCUGCGACGGCCACAGGGCGGCCAUGGCGAGACCGCAGCAACACGGUCUCACAUUGCCAGAAGCAACCGCCGAGAUGGCAGCAGGAACGGAUACGCUCCCGACGAGGAAGCGCUAGGUUGGCGUCUCCACCCUCAUCUGCGCAGAGCCAAAAGCUCCGGCGCCCUCAAUCUGAGGGACCCACCAGGCGUUACGGAAGUUAUCUUUAUGGCUCAUAUGACUUAA